CUCCAUUUUUAUCCAACCACACCGAUACAAAACAAAACACAACCGUCUCUCUCUCUCUCUCUCUCUCUCUCUCUCUCUCUCUCUACCUCUGUCUUCCUUUUUUCCUUUCACCCUCUUCUCUUUCUUCAAUGGCGACGAUGGUGGAUAAUAGCUACGUUUACGGCGGUGUAGGCACCGGAGAAAGGAUACAGCUAAUGGUGGAAGGUCAAGGAAAGGCGGUUCCUGCACCGUUUCUGACCAAAACGUAUCAGCUUGUCGACGAUCCCGCGACAGACCAUGUUGUUUCUUGGGGAGACGAUGACACUACUUUUAUCGUUUGGCGUCCACCGGAGUUCGCUCGUGACCUUCUCCCUAACUACUUUAAACACAACAACUUCUCUAGCUUCGUUCGUCAGCUCAACACUUACGGUUUCAGAAAGAUUGUUCCAGACAGAUGGGAGUUCGCGAACGAGUUUUUCAAAAGAGGAGAAAAGCAUUUACUCUGCGAGAUCCACCGGAGAAAAACAUCUCAGAUGAUGAUACCAAACCAACACUCUCCCUUCAUCACUCCGCCGCAGAUCCCAUUCUCCGGCGGCGGCGCUUCUUUCUUCCCUUUAUCACCGCGUGUCGUCGACGCCGCGAUGGACGACCAUUACUGGUGCGAAUCUCCUCCCCCGAGACCACGCGCACUCCACACCACCGCCGUCGACGCGCAAGUCGCCGUUUUGACCGAAGAAAACGAGAGGUUACGGCGGAGCAACACGGUGUUGAUGUCGGAGCUUGCUCAUAUGAAGAAACUGUACAACGACAUUAUCUACUUUGUUCAGAACCAUGUCAAGCCUGUCGCUCCGAGUAACUCUUUCCUACAGAAACAGCAACAACCUCCUCCUCCUCUUUCAAUCAAUUAUUACAAUAAUGCCACUGUCCUUAAUCAUUCUCCUCCUACAUCUCAAAGCUCCGUUACUGUUCUUGAAGAUGACACUAAUCAGGAGAGUAAUACGAGAAAGACGAAGCUUUUUGGAGUUUCGUUGCCUUCUUCCAAGAAGAGAUCACAUCAUUUCUCAGAUCAAAGUAGCCAAACUCGACUUGUGUUGGAUAAGUCAGAUCUUGGAUUGAAUCUCAUGACUGCUUCUACACGUUAAGAGUCUCUCUUUUUGUUUUGUUUUGUUAAGUAUCAGCAUUAUCAGCACUAAUGUUGUUUAUGAAUGAACAUCAUCAAUCUUGAAGACUUUGUUUUCUUUGAUUAAAAUAAUCUUCUUCUCAUC